AUGUAUGAAAAUCUGAAGAAACGGUCCACGGGAUCUGUAACGAUUCAAAGGCCGGUUGCUAUGAUUUCCCAUGAAGAUUCACCAGCGGAUAAGGAUAGCUUGAGGAGAAAGGCUCGAAGGUUAUAUACAUGGGAUGAGAUACCAGAGUGGCAAAGAGAUAACGAGCAUAUUCUAACGGGAUAUGUUGGUGAGACUAAGAGCUCCUGGGAAUGUUUCAAAAGUCUCUUCUACCUACACAAUGAAUCAAUUAACAUUUAUUCCCAUCUUAUGCCGGGAAUUGCUUUCUUCUUUAUUUUGUUCUUCAAUAAGUUUGCGAUCACCAAGUUUGAGACAACGAGCUUCAUUGACUAUUUCAUGAUUGAUCUAUUUUUUGUUGGUGCUUUUACUUGUCUGACGCUGAGUAGCAUUUUCCACUGUUUGAAGAAUCAUUCAUUGUCCGUGGCAACCUUUGGGAACAAAUUAGAUUACUUGGGAAUUGUGGUACUGAUCGUCAACUCGAUGAUAAGUAUUAUGUAUUACGGCUUUCACGAGUCGCCAUCCCUCUUUUACUUCUUUACGGUCGUCACCUGUUCCUUCGGACUAGCCUGCGCGGUUGUUUCCAUGAAGGAAAGAUUCAGGACUCGAGAAUGGCGUCCAUAUAGAGCGGCACUCUUUGUUGCCUUCGGGUUGUCAGCUGUCCUACCCAUCAUAGCAGGCAGUAUUCAUUACGGUUUUAGCGAGCUAUAUCUACGGAUUCAAGUGAAAUGGGUCCUUCUUGGGGGAAUUUUUUACAUCGUUGGGGCCGUCUUAUAUGGAAUGCGUUUCCCGGAGAAAUGUUCUCCUGGAAGGUUUGACAUAUGGGGACAUUCGCAUCAGCUUUUUCAUAUAUUAGUCGUGGUCGCCGCCUUAUGCCAUUUGAACGGAUUGAUCAAAAGUUACGAUUUAGUUCAUUUGAAAAUGGCUAUGGCGCCAGCUUCAAGUCCAUCAAUAGAUACAUUUAACUGA